UUCUUUCUUUCUGCUUCUCUCUCCGAUCCUGGGGUUUCGUUGCUUCCUAUUCACCCCUUCCUAUGUGAUCUUCAAAGUUUGUUUCUUUUCACUGUUUCACGCUUCCCCUUUUCAAAUUUCUCACCUUCUUCGCCUCCAAAACGGUAGCUCAGCUGAAGAUCCAGGUUUUCCAUAAAACAGCGGCGAAAUUAAAAAUAAAUAAUUUGAUAAAUAAAUAAAAAUAACAACUUUGUUAUAGCUGUCAAUUAUUUUACCUUAUUUAUUUAUUUGAGCUGGUGCUGCUAUGUUCACUGUUUUGAAGUGAAAGUGAAAAACUUUACUCUUGUUUAAGUUUCGAGGAGAAGGAACGUAUCUGAAGAAUGUUGAUUUUAGAUCUGAUUGAAGCGGUCAAUUAAUUGUUGUUACACUCUUAUUUUUUCGGUGCAAGUUAUCGUUUUUCUAUUGCGUGUUUUAAUUCGACUCUUUUUUCUAUUCCGGAGAAAAAAACAAAAACUGGGUUUUUGAUUUAAGGUUUUAGCUCAGUGUUCUUGCCAGCUGUGAGACUUGAGUUUUCUCAUCUUCACUUUUCGUUUUUUUUUUCUUCAUGCGAUCCUUGUUCAUGAUUGUGCUUCUGUUGUAAGCCAUAUGAUUCCUCUUUCGGGAAUUGCUCUCGUUUAGCAUCUUUUUUACUUUAUUUUUUAAUUGUUAUUAUUUGUUGGAAGCAUGGUUGGUGUGAGUGUGAUUAAGGGGAGUGUUUAGUAGAUUCUGGUAUCUGAGGUUUUCUUGCCAUGAUUGCCAUUAUUCUAAGCAUGUGUUCUCUCAUUUACCUGAUUCUUCUCUCUCCAAUUCACAAAUAUUUUGCAUCUUGUCAUUUUUCAUAUUGCACGUGCUUGAGUUUCUUGCAUAAAAUAUAUAUCCCUUUUUUUUUUAUUUGUACCUUAGAGUUUGGAUCACAAAUGUUAAGAGAAUAUUAGGAUAUUUGAAUAAGAUUGAUAUGGAUAUUAGGCAUUUAUUAUUUGAUUGUUUUCUGAUUUGUUCAUCACCUGUAAAAGCAUAUGAUUAUCAAGUUUAUUAUUCUUGAGUUAUUCACAUGAAUUCUAAAAACAGACAUGGUAGCUUGAAAGAUAUUGUCUUAAACAUUGGCUUCAAAUAGCUUCAAAGUUCCAACACUUCCUUUUGUCUCUGCUAGCAGUUUCUUAUGGAGGAGUGAAGACUGGAUAAAAGACUGAAUUUCCUAUGAAGCCUCAAUCAUGGAAGUGGCUGGCGAGAAAAAAGAGUGGCUUGGCUGAUGGGGGAAAGUCGAGUUUCAAGAUGAAACCUUUGCCUUUUAUGGCAGUUUUGUGUACAGUAAUGCUAUUCAUUGUGUAUAGAACUACAAAAUAUCAGUAUCACCAAGAAGAGAUAGACAAGAGAUGGAAUUUAUGGGGAGAAGGAAAGGGAUAUUCUACAACUUCAGGGAAGCUGAGAGCCUUGCCACAAGGUAUAAUACAUGCUCAUUCAGAUCUUGAGUUAAGGCCCUUGUGGUCAAGAAGUAGUUCGAGGUCAAAGGCUAGUGCUUACACCAACCGUAACUUGCUGGCAGUUCCAGUUGGUAUUAAACAAAAGCAUAAUGUUGAUGCCAUGGUGCAAAAGUUUCUUCCCGAAAAUUUUACUAUUACUUUAUUCCAUUAUGAUGGCAAUGUGAAUGGAUGGAGGGACCUUAACUGGAGUAGCAAGGCCAUACACAUUGUUGCUGUAAAUCAAACAAAGUGGUGGUUUGCUAAAAGAUUUCUGCAUCCUGAUAUAGUGUCUAUUUAUGAUUAUGUCUUUCUUUGGGAUGAGGAUUUAGGAGUGGAGCAUUUUUCUCCUUCAAGAUACCUUAAAAUUAUUAAGGAAGAAGGUUUACAGAUAUCUCAACCUGCCCUUGACCCAAAUUCAACAGAGAUACAUCAUAGAAUUACAAUUAGAUCUAGAACCAAGAAAUUUCACAGAAGAGUUUAUGAACGUAGAGGCAGUACGAGGUGUUCAGAUGCAAGUGAAGGGCCACCAUGCACCGGGUUUGUUGAAGGUAUGGCCCCAGUUUUCUCUCGAUCUGCCUGGUAUUGUACUUGGCAUCUUAUACAGAAUGAUCUUGUCCAUGGGUGGGGAAUGGAUAUGAAACUAGGAUAUUGUGCACAGGGAGAUCGAACAAAAAACGUUGGAGUAGUCGAUAGCGAAUACGUUGUUCAUAAGGGAAUACAAACUUUGGGUGGGAGUGGUCCUGAUACACAAAAGGGUUCAAGACUUAAAAAAACAACAACGAGACAAGGUGGAGCAGCAAUAGAUGUGAGAACUGAGAUACGAAGACAGUCGACGUGGGAACUCGAAACCUUUAAAGAGCGCUGGAACAAAGCUACGGCCGAAGACAAAAGCUGGGUCGAUCCGUUUCCAAACAAGAGUAACCAACGGCGGGUAAGAAGACGGCGCAGUGGCUCGCAGUCUUAACUCUUUUAACGGUUCAUUUAACUAAUCCGGUUGGAUACUUUAAGCUUCAAUUCACAGGCAUCAGCCAUUUUUAUAGGCAUAUAACUUAGUUUGUGUAGUUGAACACUUGAUUCAUUCAAUUUAAAGGAAAAGAAAUCACAUCUUUAGUUA